GGAGAGGAGGAGGAGGAAGUGUGUCAGAGCCAGAAAUUGCAAUCGAUGUGCACAACUGUUGCUGUUUUGUAAUUCCAGCUACACCGUUUAACUGAAAUGAGUUGAAUAAGGAUAAAUACCUUGGAGGUUUCCAGCAGCGGGCGGGGAAAAAAGGUGCCAGUGAUGUCCAAAUCUUAGACACAGACUAAACCUUGCAUCCAUCAUGGAGAAGAAGCCAGGCAUGAUGCAGCAUCUCCGGCAGAAGAUGCUGCCACAUUUCAAGCGGGGCAAGGAUCCCUUAAACAAGUUGGCUGUCCAGCUUGACCACAAUCGGAUGAGCUCCUCCGUUCCUGACGUAAGGAACGUGAAGCAGGAUUACCCCCACGUCUCCUCCAGAGUGCCUUUUCAGCAGUACAAUAGUCCCAGUUAUAGCGAUCCUUCCACACCGCUUGACAGGCCUCCUACGGGUCCUGUAGGAGGUGGGAGGAGUGUAAACCUUAGAGCAGGUAGUGGAAGAAUAGGGAGGAGUGAAAACAGACUGAGCGUGCCUACAAACUGCACAAACCGUUCUUCUUCACAGGAAUCAUUUAACAGUCUUUGUGGAGAAGAGACAUCUUCCCGGGAGACACACCAACCUGGACGAGGCAUGGAGCCCGAGGAACUUGCACUACCAGAGAUGAUGACUGUUUACACUCCAGACAGUGCAGCUGUGGAUGAUUCCCUGGACAGCUCGCAGUAUGAUAACGAUUACAGCAGUCACAUAAAGGAAGGGGACCACCAAAAUUAUGAGAUGGACAAUGAGGCUGUGAACAUGUCUGAGAGUGCCAGAGAUUCCCAGAGGUCCUACCUGCUCACCGUUAACUUAAAGGAAGGACACAACUUGGUCAUCAGGGACCGCUGUGGUACCAGCGACCCCUACGUCAAAUUCAAAUUGGAUGGAAAAACAUUCUACAAAAGUAAAGUGGUUUAUAAAAACCUCAACCCUGUGUGGAAUGAGUCCUUCUCUUUGCCCAUUAAGGAUCUGAAUCAGAAGCUUUACAUCAAGGUGUAUGACCGUGACCUUACAACUGAUGACUUUAUGGGUGCUGCAAGUGUCCGUCUGAGUGAUCUGGAGAUGGACAAGGUCAAUGAGAUGUCUUUCCGCCUGGAUGAUCCAAACAGCCUGGAGGAGGACAUGGGCGUCGUAUUGGUGGACUUGAGUCUGUCACUCAGAAAUGGAGACAGCAAAAGAAGCAAUAAAUGGCACCAAAAACGAACACGAAGUAGUAGGGCUGGAAAGCAUUCUCAGCCUAUUAGUUUGUCAGAAGAGCUGAAGAAGAGUCAGCUGUGGACAACUGUUUUGUUGGUGACUCUGGUUGAGGGUAAGAAGCUGCCGGUGGACAGUCAGGCAGGUCAGUUCUCCGUUCUCUUCAAACUGGGAGAGCAGCGAUACAAAAGCAAGGAUCACUGCAAAGUGCCAAAUCCUCAGUGGAGAGAGAGGUUCACCUUCAAACAGUUUUUCAACAGUCCAGAAUAUCUGGAGGUGGAGCUCCGAUCCAAGGAAGGACGAAAGGCUGCGGAAUCCCUGGGGAAGCGUUGCGUGAACAUGUCAAAAAUCCCUUUGGAUCAAAGGCAAUUGCUAGAAAUGGAAUAUGGGGGAGGACACGUGUGUUGCCUCCUUACGCUGACCACGUGCAGUGGCGUCUCCAUCUCCGACCUCUGUGCCGCACCACUCAGUGAACCCCGUGAACUUCAGAACCAGCUGGACAACUAUAGUUUAAAAAGGUCCCUGACAAAUCUCCGUGACGUUGGAUUCCUUCAAGUCAAAGUUAUUAAGGCUACUGAUCUGAUGGCUGCUGAUUUAAAUGGCAAGAGUGACCCUUUCUGUGUGCUGGAACUGGGGAACGACAGACUACAAACCCACACGGUCUACAAAAGCCUAAACCCAGAAUGGGAUACAGUCUUUACAUUCCCUGUCAAAGACAUUCAUGAUGUUCUGGUGGUGACUAUCUUUGAUGAGGAUGGAGACAAGGCGCCAGACUUCCUUGGAAAAGUUGCCAUUCCUCUGCUUUUGAUCCGCAGGGGACAACAGAUUGCCUUCCCGCUGAAGAAAGAGGACUUAGGCGAGCUGUCGAAGGGGAGCAUCACUCUGGAGCUGGAGGUUAUUUUUAACCCUGUUAGAGCAAGCAUUAGAACCUUCCAGCCGAAGGAGAGAUAUUUUAUGGAGGACAAUCCCAAGUUUUCCAAAAAGGCUCUGGCCAGGAACGUGAUGCGUGUUCAGACAUUGUACAGGGCAAUCAUGUCGACUCUGCAGUACAUCAAAAGCUGCUUCCAGUGGGAGAGUUUUCAGAGGAGCCUGCUAGCCUUCCUGGUGUUUUUGGUGACAGUAUGGUACUGGGAGUUUUAUAUGCUGCCCCUCUCCUUUGUUCUGCUCAUCUCGUGGAACUACCUGCAGAUCCAAUCUGGACGGGUCAGCCAGGAUGUGACCAACUUGGAUUUGGCGGAUGAGGAUGAAGACGAUGAGAAGGAGUCCGAGAGGAAAGGGCUCAUAGAGAAAAUCCACAUGGUCCAAGACAUCAUCCUCACCGUUCAAAACCUUCUCGACGGGAUCGCUUGUUUAGGGGAGAGGAUUAAAAACAUGUUCAACUGGACCAUGCCGUUCCUGUCAGCCUUGGCUUUGUUGGUGUUCAUCACUGCAGCAAUUAUCACAUACUUCAUCCCUAUACGCUACAUAGUUUUAAUAUGGGGUAUCAAUAAAUUCACCAAGAAAUUACGGAACCCGUACAGCAUUGACAACAAUGAAGUGCUUGAUUUCCUGUCGAGGGUGCCUUCAGAUGUGCAGAAGGUUCAGUACAGUGAGCUGAGAGGGAGCAGGAAGAAGAAAGUCUUGUAGAAUGCACUGUGGAUGGAAGACUGUAUGAAUACUGGACCCGAUGCUGCUGUGUGUGGGAUUCCCACCUAAAAACACUUUCAGGAGGAUGGAGGAACUGUCUGAGCGCUGCGGUCUCUCACUUGGAGUUGGUUUCAGGUUGUUCAGCCGGCACGAAUCCUCAUUCACUGCCUCAUUCAACCAGCACCUAAACAGCUUUCAGCCAAAGAUGUCCUUACUGAGGACUUUUCACAGAUUACUUUAAAUAUUUACUAAUGUCUGUGCAUUCUAUGUACAGUUUACUCUUAAAGAUUGAUAAUUAGAAGCUGCUUUAAUUUAUAUUCUUCGCCUCGGGUUGUGCCAUCUGGAACUCAACUGUAAUAUUGGUUUGUAAUAUGAUUAUACAUGUUUGUCCUGUACAUAUUUUAAUUUACGUAACAUACUUAAAAUCUUUUAUGCAAUUUAAGAGAAAUAAUCUUUACAGUAAAUUUUGAAUUAAACAUGUUACUUAAAAAAGGUAUAUUUUUCUGGAAGUGCAAGGUCUCUGGUUUUAAAUGUUAGUGAUGAUUUACAGGCGCAAUUAUUUUAACUUGCACCUUUUUAUAUGUUUAUAUAAAUGGAUAAUGUAAAGUUGGUCACAAAUUAUGCAUCAUAUUCCUUUAUCUUUAAGCAUAGAUAAAGUGAUAUGCUCAUAAAAUGGUGACUAAUUUUAUUUUUGCAUGAUAUAUGGGCCUAUUUUUACAUGCAAGGAUAUGUGCCUGCAUUAAGUUUUUAAAUUGCUUUCAUACAUUCCAUACAGAGGACUGUACUCUGUUGUUUUUACUCUUUGCUUGUUAGUGGGGUGGGGCCACUUCUGUACACACUUUAUUUAUUAUUGGCAAUCACUGAAGAAGACUUUGUGUCCUUCAUUUCUAACAGCAAUAAAUCUGCACACAAACA